GUUCACAUUUUCUGGUAUUAGUUUCCGUCUAUCUACCUCCCUCUCUGCCCUCACUUCUUCCCCUUUCCCCCACGCCACGCUCGCGAGUAAGAGGACUUGCUACUUCAAUUCAAGGGUUCCACAAACAACAACAAGCCUUUUUUUUUUUUUCAUGUUUAAACAAUGAAAAGCAAGCUUAGACGAUAUUAUUCACUCUGACUCCGAGCUAUACACCACCGAGACCGAGCAGUGUUUCACUCUCAUUUCACUUUUCUCCUCCCUAUUCCCAAACUCGCGCUUAAUCACGUCGAGGGCAAACAAACCUCGAAUUUGAAUAAAAAAAAAUGAGGUUUGACGAGAACGCUAUGAAUUGGAUUGGCGCUACCGUUGGUGACCUCGUGGGCACAGUGGGUGCAAUAUUAUCACUAAAAGAUACCAAAGUGGCGAUUCCGUUUACCUUCGCUGCAGACAAUAGUAGCUUCGAGAAAUCGCUCUUUGUUCCGGGUUUGCAAAACCUCCAAAACAAUUGUUUCCUCAACGUUGUUUUGCAGGCUCUAGCCAGCUGUUUUUGCUUUCAGAGUUUUCUUCACGGUGUGAUCGGAGAGUGCGGGAGUAAGGACCUGGAUGAAAACAUGCCUCUUGCACUUGCUUUGGCUACUUUGCUAGAAGAGCUGAGUUCAGUUAGUGCAGAAAGGGUUACAUUGAGUCCUCGAAAGAUGAUGCUUGCCAUGUCCAAUAACAUUCCAAAUUUUAAUCUAACUAGCCAGCAGGAUGCAGCUGAAGCAUUUCUCCAUCUGUUAUGCUUAUUGAGAGAAGAAUUUGGAGGUUGUUAUGCUCCAAAGAUGAGUUCUUUAGCAGACAUUUUUGCUUCUAAUAAUAGAAUUCUUACUCCAAUACAGAGGGACUGCCAAAGUGAGCAGGAGAGAUGGCAGCAACUCUUCCUUGGACCUUUUGAUGGGAUUCUUGGCAGCCGCUUGACCUGUCAAAGUUGUUCAUCCCUGAUCUCGAUUAACUUCGAACAUUUUGAUUGUUUGCCUCUUUCACCUGUGCUUAGUGAUACUUCCUCAAUGAGAGUUGGUUGUACCCUGGUGGAUUGCCUGAAGCAGUUCAUUGUUGCUGAACAUGUUGAAAAUUAUCGCUGCAGCCACUGUUGGCAUAAUGCUGCAAUCAAGUAUCUUUCUAUAAUGGAAGGAAAUGAGGUAGAACUCAAAAUGAUAAGGAGAUGCUCUGACCCAGAAAUCUGCAAUUGCCGAAAAAUGUAUAAUCUUGAUAAACUACCCUGGUCAAACAGGUUUUCACAUACUCUGAAGCAGCUAAGUAUUGCAAGGUGCCCAAGGAUUUUAUGCAUCCAGUUGAAAAGAGUUUAUAUGAAUGUCUUUGGAGAGCUAGUCAAACUGCAGAAUUUUGUUGUGAUGAUGGUAAUGCAGGGCCAUAUUUCUUUUCCAUUGAUUUUGGAUGUGUUGUCAUUCAUGACAACUAGACUGGGAGUAAAGACACAGGACAUAGAUGUACAAAGUUUGCCAUUAAAUUUGAAGUAUAACAGAAGAAAUUUUUUCCCAAAUCAUUCUGAUCUGCAAUCUGAGAUAAGUACAUUGAAAUUUAGUGGCCUUUAUGGAGCAACAAGAGAGCAGAUCAAUUCAGAUGGUGUUAUUGAUGAUGGAUUUGUCUCCUCUACAAAUGGACAGGCACUUCAUAGUGACACUGUAUUUCCCUGCUCUGGUUCUUCAGAAAGCAUUCACUCAGAUACACAUAUGCAAUCAAUUGACCAGGUAGAUGUUUCUUGUAAUUUAGUUCCUCAAGAAACAUGUUUGUAUCAACUUGUUUCUGUUGUGGAACACUUUGGAAAAGCUGGAAGUGGGCAUUACACUGUUUACAGAUCUGUAAGAGUGGAGUCUUCAGAAGACGUCUCUGAUGAUUACCUCAAUCAAACUCCAAUGCGUUGGUUUUGUAUUUCAGAUUCUCAAGUGCAUGCUGUUUCAGUGGAAGGUGUUCUUUCCAGUGAGGCCAGCUUGCUUUUCUAUGAGAGAAUUCCAAGGAACUGAAAAAAUUCCUUUAUUUUGUUUUGGGAAGUUCUGGGUUCACAAGAUGCAUUGGUUGAUAUGUUCUGAAUCACAGGAGUCUAUGUUUGUGGCGUUUUAACUCACCACAAGUGGUAUAAGGAAGUGCUAAGGUUGUUCCAAAUUGCUAAACAAGCUUUUGGGGAGGCUAAUUAUAAUGAAAGAAAAUUAACUACUCGGAAUGGAUAUUCGGUUGUUUUUCUAUACUCAGCUAA